GCUCCACUGUGCGGUCGGUCUGCAGCACAAGUCGAAUCUCUAAGGUGCGCGCGUCGUGGACAACACACCCAACGAGCCACUCGACGAGUUACUAAUAAUUAAACGUUUCCUGUCAAUGCUAAACAUGCGUCAUUGAUUCGGUUAAGUCUAUGACCAUUUCUUAUCCGAGAAAAUACGAAUUGGCAUCAUCCAGUUCUCGCAUUGGGCGCUGGAACGAGCUCGGAGAUGAACGACGUCGACGUCAAUUCGAGGAGAGACCGAUGGGUGUGUAUUGCGUGUAUUGCAGUGUUGUGGACACUGAUAGGUCUGCCUACCGUUUUCUAUGCGAUUCCAUACGAAGAGAAAGCAACCCACGUCAACAUAACUGCGGACAACGACACACUAAGGCUGUUGCAUCAAGCUGGAAUUCAAGCUCUUACUGACGACAUCGUGCAUCUUCUCCAGCUCGUCUACUCACAGUUUCCAAAUGUUUCGACUCAACGUGUAUCGCCAUCUCAAUAUCUGCAUCAAGUCCUACAACAACCUUGUGGGCAGUCGCAGUUGAGGAAUACAAUGGGAUUCUGUGUACCCAAUUGUGUUGAAUGGACCAUCUACGACUCUUCCAUACAUAAACUUGAAGAUACGUUGCUAGGUGUAGGUUUUACUGUGGGAAUUAUCAGCGGUCUGAUUGUCCUCGUCACAUGGAUCUUCGUGAGACAAAUGUGGGAAUUCCCUCACGUCAUACCGUUCUACAUGAACAUAUCAGCGAGUCUCUCAGUGUUCAUCUUGUGUCUGACGUACGUAGUCGGCCGGCCGGGAUCGUUCUGUGCGAGUAGAGAUCUGUCCAUCGCUCUCGAGUCGACAACAGCAGCAUGCAACAUCCAAGGUAGUCUCGUCCAUUACUUUUCUCAUGCAGCUAUUCUCUGGUGGAUGUUCAGUGUGGUCAACUUGUAUGCAGGCAUCUGUUGCCCUCUCUCUACUUUCACCGGACGUCUCUUCUCUGACAAAGCCCGGGUGCACAUCAUCGAAUCGACAAUAUCGUGGACUGUCCCUCUGAUCGACGUCGUCGUCGUCCAUGGCAUUGACCAAUAUUAUCCAACACUUGGACCAGACACGAUAGGAUGUACACCCCGGUCCCGAUCUCUUCAGUACUUCACUCAAGCUCUUCCCAUACAGAUUUUUCUCGGCACCGGGCUCACACUCAUCAUCCGGGUCGUAUUCACACUGAAAGACCAUGUGCUCCGAGAAAGAGAACGCCAUGACUCAAUCACAGUGUCCAUUCACAGUGCGUAUGCUCGACGAGUAUCCAUCAAGAAACAGAAGAGUCUCACUCGUGUCGGAAAGAGAUUUGUCUUCAUCUUCAUCACGUAUCCAAUCUGUAUGGUUGCCGUCCUCAUUACCGUCGUCGUUCAGCUACGAGACGUCGAAGACUUUGAAAACUCGUUCCGGAAUUAUCUUUUCUGUGUGGCACUCCAAGUCUUUCCUGAUAGCUGCCGCUCGUUUCUCCGCUCUACUCACCACGAGCUGUCCCACUGGGCACUCGUUGCGUUUAUCUGUUACAGUGCGUUUGCUCUCGCAUAUUCGUUAGCAGCCAAGCCGAUACAGACAUUCUGGUACGAACGGUUCAGCGUGUUUUCUUGCUAUCGAGGCGACUACGUCGUUGAAGGUGCAAUCAGCAGAUCUUGCAGCCCACAACCAGUAGAAACAAACAGAAAUCACGUGAUCAAUAGCAAUGGAUUAACCGAAGAACUAAAGGUGGGAUUCAAUAAUUAUUAAUUAAAUCGUGAAGACAGAUAAAAUCCUAAUAAUUUGAGGACGAUUAACAUUCAAUUGUAUUUCUGACUCACCAAAUUAUUAUAGACUCAUUGAGUCGGGAUAUUAAAGUAGUCAGAAAAAAUAAUUAAUUUUUUGUAAAUUUGAUUGAUAUUAACAACUUACCGGACAGAACUAGUUGGCCAGUU